GUGAAUGCUGUUUGGAACAGCCCUACAAGCUGCAAAGUCGCCAAACAUUGGAUUUUAACAGCACAUUUUCCCUCAUUUUCUCUCCGUUUUUAUCGUGCUCCUCUAUGUGGCAUCGAAACAAUGUUAGGCCACCAUUAUCAAAAUGUCGAUAAGUCGCAACAACUGGUCAACUAUGUGGAAGAUUAUCUGGAAUGUGUGGAGUCCCUGCCUUUGGACAUACAAAGAAAUGUUUCUCUGCUGCGAGAGAUUGAUGCAAAGUAUCAAGAAGUCCUGAAGGAGGUGGACGAAGUGUUUGAGAAAUACAAAGCCGAGCAGGACGCGGCUCAGAGGAAGCGGCUGCAGGUCCAGCUGCAGCGAGCCCUGAUCGUGAGCCAGGAGCUGGGCGACGAGAAGAUCCACGUGGUGACCCAGAUGACGGAGCUGGUGGAGAACCGGUCCCGGCAGAUGGAGUCCCACUCCCUGGUCCUGCAGGAGCCGGGGGAGCCGGAGCGGGUCAGCGUGGAGAGACGCUCCAGCAGCGUCCCGGAGGCCCCGGCCCCGGAGCGCUCCUCCACCCGCCGGCCCCGCCGCCAGCGCAUCAGCGAGAGCCGCGACCCGGCACACCCGGCCGCCAACGGCUCCCUCCUGGACGACUCCCUGGAGGAGCUGUCCCUGCCGCCGCCCCGGGAGAAGAAGUCCAAGUCCUCGAAGAAGAAGAAGCGCAAGGCCAAGCAGGAGCGGGACGCGUCGCCCGUGGACUUCGCCAUCGACCCCAACGAGCCCACCUACUGCCUGUGCGAGCAGGUGUCGUACGGGGAGAUGAUCGGCUGCGACAACGACCAGUGCCCCAUCGAGUGGUUCCACUUCUCCUGCGUGGGCCUCACCUACAAGCCCAAGGGCAAGUGGUACUGUCCCAAAUGUAGAGGGGACAACGAAAAGACCAUGGACAAAAGCCUGGACAAGAACAGAAAAGACCGCCGGUCCAGGUAGUGAUGAGUCUGGAGGGAGAGAAGACUGUCACACGCUGGGGAUAAAUGACUUUUUGGUCGUAUCGGAGCACAAUUAAACAUCAUUUAGCUACGGAAGAGUAUUAGGGCCAGGCAGGAGAAAAAUAAAAAUAAUAUUUUAGAGGAGGAAGAUUUUUUUUCAUUAUGCACUUUGAGAAAAAAGUCGAAAUGUUGGGAAAAAAGUCAAAAUUUCGUCAAUAGAGUUGAGAUGUAGAGAAAAAAGGCGAAAUUUCGACUUUAUUCUUGAAAUUGUAUUUCAACAUUAUUUUCGACAUUUCGACUUUUUUCUCAAAGUGCACAAUAAAAAAAAAAUCUUCCCUUCUCAAAUAUUUUUUCUCCUGCCUGGCCCUAAUACUCUUCCGUAUUUAGCAGUGUAGCACCCUAUUAUGUAAUAAUUUCCUGAAAAUGUAAUAAAACUUGCACUUAACUCAAUCAAAAAUGUAAUAAAACCCAAUAAUGUAAUAACUUCACCAAUAAUGUAAUAAAAUAUCCUGACUGAUAUUGUAAUAACAUUUUUACCAAUAAUGUAAUACCUUAUUAUAUUAUUGGGAAUUUAUUACAUUUUCAGGUGGGUCUAUUUUUUUCUUCCCAAAACUGAUAAUGUAAUACUUGACCAAUAAUGUAAUAUAUAUGUUAAUUUUCAGUCCAGAGUUCUACAUUUUGUGUUUUAAGUAUCUAAGAAUGUUAUAUACGCUGGAUUUGAAACACCAGAAUGACUAUUAGGUUAAAUCGCGGAGCACAAUUAAACAUAAUUUAGCAGUGUAGCACCCUAUAAUGUAAUAAUUUCCUCAAAAACGUAAUAAAACCAAAUAAUGUAAUAACUUCACCAAUAAUGUAAUAAAAUAUCCUGACGGAUAUUGUAAUAACAUUUUUACCAAUAAUGUAAUACCUUAUUACGUUAUUGGGAAUUUAUUACAUGGAACUCAAAGUCUGCAAUUUAACCCAAUAGUCAUUCAGGUGUUUCAAAUCCAGCGUAUAAAACAUUCUUAGAUUCUUAAAACACAAAAUGUAGAACU